AUGUCUUCGCAGCCUGCCCAUCCCACUCUGCUCAUCCCGGGCCCUAUCGAGUUCGACGAUGCUGUCCUUCAGUCCAUGAGCCACUACAGCGAGAGCCACGUUGGCCCUGCGUUCGUUGCGACCUUUGGUGAGACCCUCACACAGCUGCGUCAGCUCUUCCAGUCGACCGAUGCCUCUGCACAACCCUACAUCAUCUCCGGCUCCGGCACCUUGGGCUGGGAUCUCGUGGCAGCCAACUUGGUCGAGGCCGGUGAGAGCGCGCUCGUGCUCAGCACUGGAUACUUUGGCGAUGCUUUCGCAGAUUGCCUGACUACCUACGGCGCCGACGUGACGAAACUCGACGGACCUGUCGGUGGACGCCCCCAGCUACCCGAGAUCGAGAAGGCUCUGUCGCAAAAGAAAUACAAAAUCCUCACAGUCACGCACGUGGAUACUUCGACGGGUGUUCUGAGCGAGCUCAAGGACCUCACCGCCACCGUGAAAAGGGUGUCGCCCGAGACCCUGGUCAUUGUGGACGGCGUAUGCAGCGUCGCAUGCGAAGAGAUCGCGUUCGACGAAUGGGGCCUGGAUGGUGUCGUCACAGCCAGCCAGAAGGCCAUCGGAUGUCCCGCUGGUCUGUCGAUAUCAUUCUUCAGUGGCAGGGCGAUGCAGGCCUUUGAGAAGAGGAAGACCCCCCCGGCAUCCUACUUUGCGUCGAUGAAGAACUGGACACCCAUCAUGAAGAACUACGAGGCCAAGAAGCCCUCGUACUUUGCGACGCCUUCGCCACAGCUCGUCCACGCGCUCAACACGGCUCUGAAGCAGAUUCUCGCCAAGCCCUUGUCCGAGCGGUUCGCGCGCCACGCCGAGGUGUCAGACAAGGUCAAGAAGGCAGUCCAGGAUCUCGGCCUCGAGGUUGUGGCAACGAAGCCUGAGGACCAGGCACAUGCCAUGACGGCCAUAUAUCUACCCGAGAACGUUAAGAUUCCUGACAUUCUGCCCAAGCUUGCUGGGAAGGGCGUCGUUUUCGCGGGUGGCAUUCACAAGGCUAUUGCCACCAAGUAUAUCCGUUUCGGACACAUGGGUGUGAGCGUGACAGACCCCAAACGCAAGGACAUUGACCACGCGCUUGAAGCGCUGAAGUCCGGUCUGUCGGAGUGUGGCUACCAGAAAGCAUAG